AUUUAGGAAGUAUCGUAUUAUUUGUGCAAUGUCAAAAUCAGCUGUCUCAGUCCUGCAAUCAUUGACGGCUACAUACACCGACUCGGAAGGUGAAGACGAUGAACGUUCGGAUAGGAAAAGGAGAUCAUCAUCUCUCACCUCAGAUGGUAACAUUGAAAUGGGAAAAGAACCUAUUGCAACCAAUGCUGCGACAUCAAUAGCUACUCCAGAGAGUAACAAAUCUGGGACCAACACACCACAAUCAGGGAGCAGCAUAAGUGCUGCUGAAAUUCGAAGAGUUGCUGCACGUUUGGUGUCAUACAACAACGAUGAGGCUAUGUCAGAUGAAGAUGAUGGGGAAGAAGAUAGUAAUAGCAGAGUAGAAUUCCCUGUUGUGAGAUCCAGCAGACCUGUAAGCCCUACCACAGAACCAAUCAAACUGUUACCUGGUGAAGAACUGCUUCCUCCGGAGCCAACUGGAAAGUGCCCACCUGAUCUACAGGAGAAAAUAACCAGACAAUAUGAGAGCAUGGUGCAGAAAAAUGUGUCAUCUUUGAAUUUCCAAAUUCAACAAAGAAAGCAUUUUCGAAACCCCAGCAUCUAUGAAAAGCUGAUAGACCACUUGGAAAUAGAAGAAAUAGGAACCAAUUACCCACCUGCACUAUAUGAUCCGUACCAAUGGGGAGAAGAAUCAUAUUACGAAAAUCUUUCUAAAAUCCAACGAGAGGAGAUGGAGAAACGAGAAAAAGAGCGACGAGAAAGGACCAAAGUUGAAUUUGUUUCAGGUACGGCUGCAAAGAAGACGAGUACCAGUGGUACUGAUGAAGAAAAAAAGAGGAAAUCCAAGUGGGAUCAAACAGUGCCAAUGAGCCAAAGUGCUAAUCUGACGUCGGUGGCUACCGGUACAAAAAUGGCUAUUCCUGCUUUUGGAACAUUACCUAAAAAAGCAAAACAAGUUUAAUAAUAGGAAAUUGAAUAAAGUGAGGAAUUCUUCACUUUCUGUACCGUGAUCCCGUAUUUGUCUAUUUCUCAAUGUUUAAUCACAAAUACAAUCUUGUUUCAUAGACUAA